UUUUGGUGGCUCUCGGCCAAAGUUUGCACUUACGAUAUGGCCUUCUCUCUGCUCCGCUACAUCAUAUCGGUUCAUGGGUCGAUGGAGUCCAGAAAUCCGUACUUUCAGCCAUGGAGAGAUUACAUGGGCCUGGCGGACAUGGUCAAAGCCAUGCAGCGCGCACCGGCGCUUUCAGACUAUUCAGAGGGACGGGAAAGUCACAGCGAGGAUGACAAGAACGAACACGCCGCCGCCGUGAAGACUCCGGCUUGUCCGACGCGUGCGCGCGCGGCUCCUGUAAAGGAGAGGAAGAACGCGGAGCCCGUCGGCAGCAAGUCCGAGAGAAAGUUCUGCAGCUUCUGCAAACACAACGGCGAGUCGGAGAUGGUGUUCACCUCGCAUCAUUUAAAAGACCGUAAUGGAGACGUGGUGUGCCCGUAUUUGAAGCAGUACGUGUGUCCCCAGUGCGGUGCCACGGGAGCCAAAGCGCACACCAAGAGAUUCUGCCCAUUCGUGGAUGAAACCUACAGCUCCGUGUACGCCAAAUCUUCGUGGUGAAAAACAACUGGACAGAAAUCACUCUUAACUAUUUGACAUGACCGUUUUAAUGUUUGCGUUUAUAUUUUAAUUGUUUAUUUUAUCCGGGACACCGGCUUGUGUCCGAGUUUGUAUGCAUGUUUACUCACGGUUUGAUUUUUAUUGCACGUUGUCACAUUUCUUCUUAUCUUAUCUGUGUGUAAAGUGUGUGUUUUAUAUGGGUGUUUUUCUAUUAACCUUUUUAAACAAGCUUGUACACAAGCCAGUGAACCUACUUGAUAUAUUGGUACUUAAAUUAUGAGCCUCUGUGGUGCAUUUAAAAAAAAGACGUUUUAUGUGAAAUGUGUUGUGAUGCUGUUUGUUUUGCAGCAGUGACAAAAAAACAAAACAAAGAUCUCGCAUUUAGCUUCUAAACAUUUUACUUUCUCGGGACCAGAAGUCUGACAGAAACAGUCUGAACGUAUGGUGGAGAAACUAAACAGACAAACAGGUUGGACAUAUUUAUGCUUUGAAGUUUGAGGCCUAAGGUUACGACCCCUUGGCCAAGAGGUCAUCCACUGCGAUUGAUGUAAUGUUUACAUUUUCUGAAAACUGAUUUGACAAGUCUCUAAAUUGUAAGCAAAAAACAACAAAUGGAUUUAGUUUAAAUUGAAAUGUUCACUGAACAUCAAACUAUCUGCAGACUGUUACAACGUGUUAUUUCAAAGCAAUUUUUUCAAAAAUCCAUGCAAAUAUUUAAUCGUAUGUUUCACAAUCAUUGAAUAACAAAAUUGUCUCUGCGCCCAAUGGAUCCUGCGUCUGUUGCACAUUGUGACAUUUUGUAUGUUACAAUAAUAUUUAAGUGUGAAUACU